UUUCGGAGACGUACUGACGGACAGUCAGUUUUCCCGGGUCCAGAAGGUGAUCUUCCAGUCUCAGAACCCAGACACUCCGGGCUUUGUGUACAAGCUAAGUGAGCGGGGUCCCUCAGCCGGGUCGUCCCGGGUGGCGUAUACUGUUUGGCCCCAAGUGUCAGUGGCACAAAUCAUAAACACUGCGCUUUCGGAAGCUUUUCCAUGAUGUAGUUACUCCCUGCGUGACCCUCCUGUAGGCUUACCGAAGCCGUGUGCGACCAGAAGCGCUGUGACAGGUGCGGACCUCAGUCCCAGCCUCCCUUGUGCCCAGGGCUUUCUGGGUUCGGGUUCCAGGCGAAGCCACCGAACAUCCGUACUUUUUCUACAGUGACUUCUUUUUGCCUUUAAGAUAAGUUCCAAGGCUUCCAACUGUUAUAUUCAGACGUUUCCACCAGUGCAACUACGGAUUUCCAGCAACCUUUUCCAAAUUCAGUGGAUGUCCCCGCGGUGAGGCGAGAGAACACCGAAUGGGGUGUCGAAAGCCUGGCUUCUAGUCCUGACUGCCGUGAACUAGCGGAGAAACAUGAGCCAGAAGAUGAUGAAGUUGGAGAAUUUGCUGCGAUUUCACACCCUUUGUAGACAGCUGCAUAGCCUAGGUCAAAGAAGAACGUUAGCACAGUGGAGGCAUGUGUUUUCAUCAGCUUACCCAGCAUGGGCAGCUCAGCAGCACGCCCGGCCCUGGCAGACAGACACGCUCCUCGGGACUGCUUUAUCUCAAUAUAGGCUUAUAGUAACAAAGAAGGAAGGAAGAUCACGGAAAUCUCAGUUAUCUUCACCAAAAUCUAAGAAGGAGGUGGAGGUAUGGCUUGGAAUGACUGUUGAGGAGCUGGCCAAAGCAAUGGAAAAGGAUGAAGAUUAUAUAUAUGAAGCUUUAAUGAACACUGCUAUCAACAUAGAUUCACUAGAAGCAGACUCACAUUUAGAUGAAGUCUGGAUCAAAGAAGUAAUAAAGAAGGCAGGGAUGAAGUUAAAAUGGAGCAAAUUAAAAAAGGACAAAGUCAGAGAAAAUAAAGAUGCUGUGAGAAGGCCCCAGGCAGAUCCAGCUUUAUUAACCCCAAGGUCCCCUGUUGUUACAAUAAUGGGUCAUGUUGAUCAUGGGAAAACGACGUUACUUGACAAACUGAGAAAAACUCAAGUUGCAGCAACGGAAGCUGGAGGCAUCACUCAGCACAUUGGUGCCUUUCUUGUCUCUCUACCUUCUGGGGAAAAGAUAACCUUUCUUGAUACUCCAGGACAUGCUGCUUUCUCAGCAAUGAGAGCCAGAGGCGCUCAGGUCACUGAUAUUGUCAUAUUGGUUGUAGCUGCAGAUGAUGGAGUAAUGAAACAAACUGUAGAAUCUAUUCAGCAUGCCAAAGAUGCUCAAGUACCUAUUGUCCUUGCCAUAAACAAAUGUGACAAAGCUGAGGCUGAUCCUGAAAAAGUAAAAAAAGAACUGCUAGCUUAUGACGUGGUGUGUGAAGAUUAUGGAGGUGACGUACAAGCAGUGCAUGUCUCUGCCCUAACGGGUGAUAAUUUGAUGGCUUUGGCAGAGGCAACAGUUACUCUUGCAGAAAUGUUAGAAUUGAAAGCGGACCCCACUGGUCCAGUGGAAGGUACAGUAAUAGAAUCUUUCACAGACAAAGGAAGAGGUCCUGUUACUACAGCAAUAAUUCAAAGAGGAACUUUGAGAAAAGGCUCGAUUCUGGUUGCUGGAAAGAGUUGGGCAAAAGUGCGCUUAAUGUUUGAUGAAAAUGGAAAAACAAUUAAUGAGGCCUGUCCCAGCAUCCCAGUGGGAAUUAUAGGCUGGAGAGACCUCCCUUCUGCGGGAGAUGAAAUUCUUGAAGUAGAAUCUGAGUCAAGGGCACGUGAAGUUGUUGAGUGGAGGAAAUAUGAGCAGGAAGAGGAGAAAAAUAAAGAGGAUCUAAAAAUAAUAGAAGAAAAACGAAAGGAACACCAAGAAGCACAUCGGAAAGCCCGUGAGAAGUAUGGCACUUUGCACUGGAAGCAGAGAUCAUAUAUAAAUUACCAAGAAAAAAAAGAACAAACUAUCUUGAAGCCGAAAGAGAAAGUGGAAAGAGACUUAAAUAUACUUCCUAUAAUUAUUAAAGGUGAUGUUGAUGGUUCUGUUGAGGCCAUUUUGAACGUUAUGGAUACCUAUGACGCUUCACAUGAGUGUGAACUUGAAUUAGUACAUUUUGGUGUGGGUGAUAUUAGUGAAAAUGAUGUUAACCUUGCUGAAACAUUUCAUGGUGUUAUAUAUGGCUUCAAUGUGAACGCAGGCAAUGCUAUCCAGCAGUCAGCUGCAAAGAAAGGAGUAAAAAUUAAACUUCACAAAAUCAUUUACCGUCUUGUUGAAGAUUUGCAGGAAGAACUGAGCAGCAGGUUGCCCUGCACUGUGGAAGAGCAUACAAUAGGUGAGGCUUCUAUACUAGCUACCUUCUCCAUAACAGAAGGGAAGAAAAAAGUUCCUGUGGCUGGCUGCAGAGUCCAAAAGGGACAAUUGGAAAAGCAAAAAAAAUUUAAGUUAAUCCGUAACGGACAUGUUAUCUGGAAGGGCUUAUUAACCUCGCUGAAACACCAUAAAGACGACGUUUCAGUCAUCAGAACUGGAAUGGAUUGUGGUCUCAGCUUAGAUGAAGAAAGGAUAGAAUUUAAAGUGGGAGAUGAAAUUGUUUGUUAUGAGGAAAAGGAAGUUUUAGCCAAGACUUCUUGGGACCCUGGAUUUUAAAAUUGUAUUAAAAAUGUAAAGAUUAAAUAA